AUGCUGGCCAACGAGAAGGAUGCGUUUGAAGCAGCAGGCGUGACGCUCAUCAUCAUUGGGCCGGGCUCCAUCCAACAGAUGAGCUGCCACGCCUGCUCCCCUGUCGCACUCACUCCAUCUCACACUGCGAAUGUUCACUACACUUCUCGUUUCUUCUUCAUGCCGCCCGUCUUGACUUGCUCUGGUGUGGUGCAGGCGCAGCAGUUUGUUGAUCAAACCAACUUUCCAGGAGAGGUGUAUGCGGACCGCCAGCGCGCGUCGUACGAGGCGCUGCAGUUCGUGUCGGGCCUCUCCACCGUCUUCUCGCCCACCGUCAGUCCCCUCCCCUCUCCACCGUCUUCUCGCCCACCGUCAGUCCCCUCCCCUCUCCACCGUCUUCUCGCCCACCGUCAGUCCCCUCCCCUCUCCACCGUCUUCUCGCCCACCGUCAGUCCCCUCCCCUCUUCGCCGUCUUCUCGCCCACCGUCAGUCCCCUCCCCUCUCCACCGUCUUCUCGCCCACCGUCAGUCCCCUCCCCUCUCCACCGUCUUCUCGCCCACCGUCAGUCCCCUCCCCUCUCCACCGUCUUCUCGCCCACCGUCAGUCCCCUCCCCUCUCCACCGUCUUCUCUCCCACCGUCAGUCCCCUCCCCUCUCCACCGUCUUCUCGCCCACCGUCAGUCCCCUCCCCUCUCCACCGUCUUCUCGCCCACCGUCAGUCCCCUCCCCUCUCCACCGUCUUCUCGCCCACCGUCAGUCCCCUCCCCUCUCCACCGUCUUCUCGCCCACCGUCAGUCCCCUCCCCUCUCCACCGUCUUCUCUCCCACCGUCAGUCCCCUCCCCUCUCCACCGUCUUCUCGCCCACCGUCAGUCCCCUCCCCUCUCCACCGUCUUCUCUCCCACCGUCAGUCCCCUCCCCUCUCCACCGUCUUCUCGCCCACCGUCAGUCCCCUCCCCUCUCCACCGUCUUCUCGCCCACCGUCAGUCCCCUCCCCUCUCCACCGUCUUCUCGCCCACCGUCAGUCCCCUCCCCUCUCCACCGUCUUCUCGCCCACCGUCAGUCCCCUCCCCUCUCCACCGUCUUCUCGCCCACCGUCAGUCCCCUCCCCUCUCCACCGUCUUCUCGCCCACCGUCAGUCCCCUCCCCUCUCCACCGUCUUCUCGCCCACCGUCAGUCCCCUCCCCUCUCCACCGUCUUCUCGCCCACCGUCAGUCCCCUCCCCUCUCCACCGUCUUCUCGCCCACCGUCAGUCCCCUCCCCUCUCCACCGUCUUCUCGCCCACCGUCAGUCCCCUCCCCUCUCCACCGUCUUCUCUCCCACCGUCAGUCCCCUCCCCUCUCCACCGUCUUCUCGCCCACCGUCAGUCCCCUCCCCUCUCCACCAUCUUCUCGCCCACCGUCAGUCCCCUCCCCUCUCCACCGUCUUCUCGCCCACCGUCAGUCCCCUCCCCUCCCCACCCUCGCUUUCCCUCUUCCUUUAUCUUCUUUCCCUCCUGAAUUCCACUGCUGA